GCAGCUGCAGCCCUGUCUUGGAGUUCCCUUGGCUGUUUCUGGAGGUCCCUGGGUGUCUUCACCUUCCCGGGCCUGGCUCCUUGGCCCGCCAGGAGGAGAGUCAAGGGCCGUGUCCCCCUGGCCGCCCCGCCAUGACUGUCACCUACACGGCCCGCGUGGCCAACGCCCGUUUCGGGGGCUUCUACAAACUGCUGCUGCUCUGGCGCGGGAGCAUCUACAAGCUGUUAUACAAGGAGUUCCUGGCCUUCUUUGUCACCUACCUGGGGCUCAGCCUGACCUACCGCUUCGUCCUGGCCGAGGAUCAGAAACGCUACUUUGAGAAACUGGUGAUUUACUGCGACAACUACGCCAACCUGAUCCCCGUCUCCUUUGUGCUGGGCUUCUACGUCACACUGGUGGUGAACCGGUGGUGGAGCCAGUACACCUGCAUGCCCAUGCCCGACCGCCUGAUGUGCGCCAUCUCCGGCUCCGUGCACGGCGGGGACGAGCGGGGCCGGCUCUACCGUCGCUCCCUGAUGCGCUACAGCAGCCUCUCGGCCGUGCUCAUCCUGCGCUCCGUCAGCACCGCCGUCUUCAAGCGCUUCCCCACCAUCGACCACGUGGUGGAGGCAGGCUUCAUGACCCGGGAGGAGCGGAAGAAAUACGAGAACCUGAGCUCAUCCUACAACAAGUACUGGAUCCCCUGCGUCUGGUUCACCAACCUGGUGGCCCAGGCUCGCAAGGAGGGGCGCGUCCGGGACAACUGCGCCCUCAAGUUGCUGAUGGAGGAGCUGAAUCACUUCCGUGCGAACUGCAGCAUGUUGUUCCACUACGACUGGAUCAGCGUCCCCCUGGUCUACACGCAGGUGGUGACCAUCGCCGUGUACAGUUUCUUCGUGGCCUGUCUGAUCGGGCGUCAGUUCCUGGACCCAGCCCAGGGCUACAAGGGCCACGACCUGGACCUGUGUGUGCCGGUCUUCACCCUGCUGCAGUUCUUCUUCUACGUGGGCUGGCUCAAGGUCGCCGAGCAGCUAAUCAAUCCCUUUGGGGAGGAUGACGACGACUUCGAAACUAACCUGCUGAUCGACCGCAAUUUCCAGGUCUCCAUGAUGGCGGUGGACGAGAUGUACGACGACCUGCCCCUGCUGGAGAAGGACCGUUACUGGGAUGCCUCCAACCCCCGCGCCCCCUACACGGCGGCCACCGUCUUCCUGCUGCACCAGCCGUCCUUCCAGGGCUCCACCUUCGACAUGACGCUGCCGAAGGAGGACAUGCAGUUCCAGCCGCUGGAGGAGAUCGAGGAGGGGCUGGAGCCGAGCCGGCAUGUCCCCCUGCACCUCCUGAACCGGCUGCUGGCCACGGGGCCCGCCCCGGGCAGCUUCGGCCGGCGCCUCUCCCUCCUGCGCCACAAGAACAGCUGCGUCUCCGAGGCCUCCACCUCCUACAGCUGCCUGUGCCAGGACACGCAGAGCACAGACUGCAGCUGUGGGCCCCCCGCCCGCCGCCUGCCCCUCAGCGAGGUCCCCUUCGCCGCGGAGCAGCGGGGCUGGGAGGGGGGCGAGGAAGCCGGGCCCUGGGCCCCGGGCCGCCACGAGGAGGCCUUGGCCGAGGACUCGGACCUUGCCCAGUGCUCCCAGGUCUCUUUGCUUCACCCUGACGGCGCCGCCCCUGUGGCCAGCGGCUUCCCUUCGCCAUAGGACGUGGGGCCCCUUGUGGACACGUCCUUCCUCCUGCAGCCGGGAGCUGCCCAGGAGCCCCCCGCCCGGAGCGGCCCCCCCAGUGUCGGCUACCGCCCCUGGCUGCAGAACUGCAUUGAGGAGCAGACUGUGGCGUGAGCUGGGCCGGGCAGGGGGGGCCGGGGCCAACCCCUUGAUGUGACGGCAGAGCCGUCCGGUUCUGGCCAAAGGCAGCUGAGCCCAGAUCUGGUGCUGCCAGAUGAACUUCAAAGGGGGGGACUUGUUAAUCGUGGGGGGUCCAUCAAUGCCGCCCCCCCCCAGCCACCCAGACCCUUCUGCUCCGUCUCUCCAGCUACACGCUGGGCCCUGGGAGUGCAGCACCCCCUGCUGGCAAAUGCCACCAUCCUCGGGGCGUUGCCCCAGCCUCUACCUUCCUCCCCAACGGGAUGGGGGGGGGCCUGAGGUGGGGGUGGGAGCCUCACCCCUCGGGGGCUGGGGAAAACAGCUCAAUCCCUUUUCUGUCACAGUCUGGCUCCUGCCUUUUUAAAUAUAUGUUUAUUAAGCCGCUCUGGAGUGGGGUCUUGUGCAGAGGGUGGGGUGGGGGGAAGGCUGGUUGCAGUCUGCUGGGAGCAGCUCCGUGCCUCAGUUUCCCCUCUGCCCCAAGGAACGACUCUCACGCAGCUCCCGCGUGCAGGGCUCGUGUGCACUGCUGGGAACGUGCAGUGGGGCUAGUCCCACCUCCAGAAAUGUAGGUCACAUUUAAAAUAAAAUGGGCUGGGGAGGGCAGCACCCAUUGACCAGGAGUUCCUGUCUCCGUAUCCUCCCCUGGCUACACAGGGGCAGGUGGCCCCUCUUACCAGCCCGGUGCCUCAGACUCAGUUCACUCUGGGGGGAAGAAACCUGGCCUAGGACCCUGCUGAAGAAGUGAUGUCGGGCUGUGGCUGGACAGGGGCGUGGAACCUGCCCCGGGGGUGGAGGACGGAAAGGUCCUAAUAACUACAGCACUGCUCCAGCUCAGCGGGGGUCACCACAGUGUCGUCUCACUUUCAUGCCCUGGGGGGUGGCAGGGGGGAGCUGGCAAUUGGCUCCUGGGGGUAGGAGUAGAAGCUUGUGGGGCCCAUGGAUGGAGGAGUGGGGGGGCAGGUUCAGAGCCUGAGCCUAACUUUGAACAGCUGCAGCUUCUGCUCUGAGUUGCGUCUCAGUGCUGGGCGAGGGACCUGCACAUAAUAAGUAGCCGUGUCCCACCCCAGAGGUGGCUGCAUCUGUGUAGAAUAAGCAGCAACUCUCACAGGUGGGUCCCAGGAGAGCCAGUCUCCCCCACCACGGCGCUCAAAGCGGCAAACUCCCCCCUCCUGUGAGCCGUGGAUGGAAAAGCCCCAGCCCUGGGCUUGAAGCCCCCAGCCACGCUCUGAGCUCAGCUGAGAGCCAGCCACUGGCCAGGCCAAGUCCUAAGAGAGAUGGGGCAGAACCAGGGCUGAGGGGUUGCCCAUUGGGGCAGUUUUUAAGCCCAGCCCAUGGGCCAGCUCAGCCAGAAUUUGGGCUUGAUCUGGGAGGGAGGUAGUAGAGGUUGUGGGCUGGUGGCUCGAGAUGGACCCAAUUUCCCCUUCUAGUCUCAACCCAAAACCCCCUUGGGGGGGGGGGGUAGCUGCUUCAGCCCCCCCCCCCAGGCUGGAAAACCAGGCAGAGCUGGAGCUGAGCCAGCGGCCCCCGCCAUUUGAUCUGGGGGGGCUAGGCUCGAGGUCUCAGCUGGGCCCAGGGCCAGCUGCUGUGUAAGAGCGGCGAGGUGGGGGUGUUGCCUCCUUUGAGGGAGGGGGAAAGCGAGGCACAGCCCCUCAGGCCUGCUUUCAAAGCCCCCCUGUUCAGUGGGAGUUGGGGGGGGCUGGACUGAGACCAGGACAGAGCUGGCACGAGGCCCCCCCGACCCUCACCGGCCUGCAGGGAAUGGAGCCCUGGGUUUAUCGCCGCCUUUAACUCCAGCCUGACCCCCCCUGUCAGCCAAAUCAGGGCAAACUCUCCCCUUAACUCACGACCAGGUUUUCAACUGAACCAACCUCCCCUCCUCCACAAUCGUUUGGCUCCAGUUGAAAUUGGCUUAAAAACCAGCUUGAAUUAAGCCAGAGCCACUGCUGUUUACCCAGGCCCAGGGGUGCUGCCCCCCCGAGUGGAUAACUCCAGCAUGGAUGGAUGGUUUUAAACCCCCCCCCCACACACACACACACAGGGCUCACUACGAGGAAUCCUGGGAGGGCCUGGGGUCGAUCCUGCCACAACUCUGAACCGCCCCAGCUGCGACCUCGCAAACUUUCAGGAUGCCUCAUGGGUAGGGAAACCCAGCGGGGUUGGGGGGGGGGGGAAGAGAUAGGGGAGAUGGGGAGCCCCAGCCAGCGCUUUAGGGCCAGUCCUGCAUCCGGCAUUUCCACACCUGCUGGAGGGGAGGCACUGACACCCCCUCCCCGGCUCUAGGAGCUAGCCAUGUUCAUGCUCAGAUUUAGCUCCCAACCAGAAAGAGAAGCAAUUGGGCGGGGGGGGGGGAGGAGGCAGAGCCUGGGGGACAAUCCCAGAGGAUCCCCAGGGAAGAAUGGGGGGGGGGAAUAAUGCCAUGAGGUGGAAGGAGCAAAUAGGGGCAGAGAACACCUGGCAGGGGGGGGUCCCUGCAAUAGUGGGAGGGGGGCAGCCAGGGCCGUGGGGGAGAAGUGGACGAACACACAGGCCCUGCUCCAGGCAACGCCCUCUGCAUCCAGCAGCACCCGCAGCCUCUCACAUCGCGGGAGAACUGGGCAGCUGGCCACAGGCCAGGGGCUCUGCUCAGAGCAUGGCAGCUGCUGCCUCCGCCAGCAUGGGGGGGGGGCAGUCUGGCAGGCCCCAGCAGCGCCUGCCACUACAUGCCCGCUCCCCCCGAGAGGAAGUUUGUCUCUCCUUGGCCCUGGGAGAUCACCCGCUUCCCUCUGGCACUCCCUGGGGUCCCUCCAGCCUGGAGUUGUAGUUGGUAAGUCCCAAGCCCGGGGGUAGCGCCCACCCCAAUGGGCGGGAGAGGGCUGCUCUUCUCUCUGCAGGCUGGAAACUGGAAGCCAGAGGGAGGAUCCAUUCCCAGCUCUGCCCUGGGCCUGCUGGGCACCUGUUUCCCCAGCUGCUGAGUGGGGCUAACGCUAUCCACCCUGCCUGGGGACCAGGGCGCUCUGUGGCUGAACGGCGCCGGGGAAGAGCUGAUCCGCCAGGGCCACUGGAGAUCCUGCGCUGGGAUGGGUGAGACGGGCCCCAACGGGCAUUGCCUGAGGCAGAGGGCAGGUGAUCCUGGGGAAGAGGUGACUGGAGGGUUAAUGGUCCCCAGACACAGCACCCCCCCUGGGCAGUGCUGCCCCCAGUGUGGCACUGGGGGGAGCACUGCCCGGGGGGCGAGUGCCCUCUGCUGAGCCCCACCCACCUGCAGCACCACUGCCCCGUGACCAGCUGGGCUGUGGGCCGGGAAAGGAGCUCAGCUUGAUACCCUGUUUCAAGCCAGGCUGAGCUAACAGCAGCCAAGAGCCUGCCCCAGAGAUGAGUUUGGGGGGUCUCAGCCCAGCCCUCAGCCGGGCAGGGAAACAGGCUUUGGCGUCCCCUGUACAGCACCACACACCAUGGGCCCUGCUCCGUGACUAGGGCCCCUAGGCACCAGACACUAGUUAUUAGAUAGAUUACGGUAGCACCUAGCACUAUGGGGUUGUGGGCUCUACCGUAGUAUACCUAAUAACCGUGGAGAGCUGCUUUCAGACCCUAGGCACUACCUUAAUACACCUAAUACACAGCCCCCAUGAAAAAUGGGGUCCUUAUCCAAGACAGGGAUGCAGCCGCACUAUCGUAAUACACCUAAUAAUCCAUGGAGAUGGGCUCCUAGGUGCUACCAUAAUACACCGAGUUACAGCAUCCAGAAAAAAAAAUCCAUGUGGCUACCGUAAUACACCUAAUAAUCCACAGAGACCUGCUCCCAGACACCAGGGCUCAGGGCAGCCAGGAGCUUGUUGUGUCUCAGGAGGCCGAUCAGCAGGAACGAUUCUAGCAUCUUUAUUGGUAGUGUAAAGAUUGUGGACAGGAGCCAAGGUGCUCCCGUGCACCAUUGCAAGCUGCCCUAGAGUAGAAAAAUAAAAGACACCGGGCCCAGAGCCACAGAACCCCUCCUCCCCGUCACAGUUUUACAAAAUAUACAGCUUGCGCCUUAAAACCCCAGCAGCGUUUGAUUAAAAUCACAUUCUAAAAUGAAAAGAAGAAAAAGAGGAGGAACUCGGCAAAAACUGGACAUCCCCCGGCCCCCCCCACUUAAAAAUAAAACUCAAUCCACAUCAACCCCCACAGAGCAAAGGGCAAAGUACAGCAGAUCACUUUAAACCCAAAAGACGCCGCUAGACCCAGCCUCGGAGAACGGACAC